AUGGAGGUGUCACCAGGGCUAGUUGUGGAGAGGCCAAGCUUGGUGUGCAAAUUAAACAAGUCCUUAUACGGACUCAAACAAGUAAUCAAACAGUGGUAUGAGAAACUAACUGAAGCAUUAUAUUCUAGGGGGUACACUCAUUCAAUGCUUGACUACUCCUUAUUUUAUAAGAAGGCUGAAGGAUCAGUAGUGUUUGCGGCUGUAUAUGUAGAUGAUGUUCUUGUCACAGACCCUUCCUACUACAGGAAGUUGAUUGGGAAGCUCAACUUCCUCACUAAUACUAGGCUGGACAUUGCUUAUAGUGUACAACAUCUCAGUCAAUUCAUGCAAAGUCCCAGGGAGCCACAUUUGAAGGUUGCAUAUCAUGUUCUAAGAUACUUGAAAGGUGACCCAACCUUGGGAAUUUUUCUUACUAAUAAUGCAGACUACACAGUCAAAGCUUUUUGUGAUUCGGAUUGGGCAACAUGUCCCUAA